ACUCGUUUUGAAAAUACAUUAUUUUUCAAACUUGUUAACUCUGGAAAAUUGAAUAGAAUAAUAACAAUUCUUUCUAUUAUUAAUUACAUUGAAUAGACAAGAGUUAAGUUAGCUAAUAAUGUAUUAAAAUACAGUCCGACUAAAACUAAUUCAAUUUUAUAAAUGCUGUUGAAAAAGAUUUAAUUAAUUCUGUUAUUAAGACCAAGAAAACGCAAUGGGUAUGGAUUAGUUAUUUUCUUAAUAGUAAUAAUAUUUUCUUAAUAGUUAUAAUUUAUGUAUUUGGCCUCUUGCAACUUUUCAAUUUUACACCAUUAAAAUAGAGAGUGUCCCACAGUACCCAUGCUAACAUAAUGUUUCUAGACAGAACUCUGUUACAUCAGCUGUCCCGCGCAAGCAGGAUGGCGACAUUAACAUUGCUGCCACCCACCCAAGUAACAGUAACAGCACAGCGGCUGUGCAUACUUCUGCUGUUCAUAUGUUAUGUCUAUGUUAGUCGAAAAAUGUAUUUAACGGCUUUGCAAGGCAAGUUCGUUGUUAUUGCUCGAUUUUCCUCCGCGAAGACUGGUUCGUUUUUCUGUAAUAUAAUUAGGAGUAUCAACAAAAACAUAGACAUUAGCUUGAAGACCAAGCAAAACGUAUUCCAAAAUAAACUUAUUUGUUUAUAGCUAAUAAAUUUAUGGUUAUUUUAUUGUAUUUCGAAGCACUCUAAUUUGCAGACUUCUUGUGCGGGUGUGCGGUAAAUUUACAGUUAGUUGCUCGAAGUGCGUGUUUAAAUAUAGCAAAAAGACGCUGGAGAUAAAAACCGAAAUAAAUAAGGAGAGGAAUAAAUAAGUGGCAAAGAGAAAUGCAAAAUAAUCGGGUCGGUCAAUUUAAAAAGCCGCAUCCUGGAAAAGCGUCAGUGUUGGUGUUUGCCGCCCCUGUUGGCCAAGUUUUUUGUUGUUGCUUUGGCAACCAUUAAAAACAACAACAACAAAUACAACACAUGUACACACAGACAUAAGGGCAUUUUCAUUUUAAAAACACUUGCUCUGUUAAAAAUAAAAAGAAAAGCCCAGCCAGACAGUCUGGAAAAUCCAUAGAAAUACAAAUUUAAGCCGGCACUAAAAACCGAAAGUGGCUGUAUCCUCGAUUUUGAUGAGCAGCCAACAGAGAUUUCCGGUAUCCAGCCAAAUGGCGAGAAGGAGUUCCACGCUCCAGGAUUUCAACGCCCUAAAUAUUAAUAUGAAAUAAUUUGUCGAGUAGCUGGCUACACGCCCUAUCAUCAUACCCGCCCCCCGCCUCCGUCCCGCCCCUUCCGCUCCACACAGCGUGGAAACAAAUCAGAAAGCCAGUAAAUGGAAUGAAAUAAAAUAAAUCAAAACCGAAAAAGCAGAGAAACAGCAGAGUUGACACAAAAAAAGGGCCAGAGUAAAAAUAUAUAGCAUUCGAAGGCGAACGAAUGAAAUCAAAAAACCAGCGUAGAGUAACGCGGCCAACACGAAAGAAAUCGCCACUUGCACCGGCAACACCAACAGCAACACUGCAACAGCAACAGCAACAUAUAUUGCAACUGCACCGGCAAUUCGAGGCAUAUAAGGGAUCCAGUGUCUAGGAUGAAGAGCAACUACAUUAAUCUUAACACGCACAGUGGAAUCAACGGUGCCAGUGGCAACAACAACGGGAAGAUGUCGCUGGGAAAAUCCAUCAAAAUGUACCUGACUAUUUUCAUCGCGACCACAUGCAUUUACAUGGUGCUCUAUCAGUACCACAUAUCCCGUGAGCCCUUCGCCGCCGGCGAAAGUGUAAAGCAUCAAGAGAAAUCAUCGUCAUAUUUCGCUUCAUAUUUGUGGUCACCCAUUUCCCUGCUAAUGGCCAAUAGUUCCUCAAACAUCAAUACCAAAUCCACAACCACAAGCACAACAAUAGCUCCAACAACAACAACAACAUCAGCUGGCACAGUGGGCAGUGUGGGCCAAAAACUGGGUGGGGCAUCCUCCGCCUCCAUUCGCAUGGUUUCAUUAGCGGCCACAAUACCCACAUUUAUAUCCUCGUCAUCGGAACUAAGAUCGGGAUCGGUGGGUGGCCAUCGAAAGACUGCAACUACUAAAACAAGCACCACAAAAACAACCACAGCAACAACCACAACAUCAGCCACAGCCGGUGGCUUAGCAAUAACCAAAUUGACAACAACUACAGCCAAAACAAGCGCCAAAACAUCCGCGGCGGCCACGCCCACCGCCUCCCACUCGGAUAACGCCAACAAGACUCGACCAACAUUCGUUGCCGCCUCAGAGCCCCCGCCCCUGUACAUAAUCACGCCCACCUACCGACGACCCGAGCAGCUGGCGGAGCUCACCCGGCUGGGAUAUACCCUGAAACAUGUGGUGAAUCUAUUGUGGCUGGUCAUCGAGGACGCCAACAAAACGAAUCCACUGGUGGCCCACACUCUGGAUCGGAUUGGAGUGCCGUACGAGUAUAUGGUGGCACCCAUGCCCGAGAAGUACAAACAGACGAAGCGGGCCAAGCCGCGUGGCGUCUCCAAUCGGAAUAAGGGACUCGAGUAUCUGCGCCUCCAUGCCACCGAGGGAGUGCUCUACUUCGCCGACGACGACAACACCUACGACAUUAGCAUAUUCGAGCAGAUGCGGUAUGUCAGCAAAGUGGCCAUGUGGCCAGUGGGCCUUGUGACAAAGACGGGAGUAAGCAGCCCCAUAAUUCAGGAAGGCAAGCUGGUGGGCUUUUACGAUGGCUGGAUCGGGGGUCGCAAAUAUCCCGUGGAUAUGGCUGGUUUUGCAGUGAGCGUAAAGUUCUUGAAGGAGCGACCAAAAGCACAGAUGCCCUUUAAGCCGGGAUACGAGGAGGACGGGUUUCUGCGCAGUCUGGCUCCACUUGCCAAUACGGAAAUCGAGCUUCUAGCCGAUGAGUGUCGAGAUGUUCUCACGUGGCACACGCAGACGAAGAAGAACGCCCCCGCUCAGGCGCUGAACAGGACGCGUUAUAAGAACACGAAUCUGGAGUACAUAGACAAGCUGCUGGUGCGCCCGUAGGGAUGUUGACUGUAGUUAGCUAGUUAGGCUUAGCUAGGAGCUCACUCUGAGCUUCCAUUUUGACCGUGGCUCUGACGGGUUGUACAGGUACAACCCGGAGCACGGAGUAACCAAUCAGAAUUGAUCAGAUCAGUAGUCGGUGUACAUUAUUACCAUAAUCAUACGAGAAGUUAGGCUCUAAGCGCACACACUUCUAUGAUAAUUCCUUGCACCGUAGGCUUUCUUUGACCCCUUACACGUAAUCGUAGUAAUACCUUAAGUAACGUAUUGUAUCAUAUCGCAGCGUCCACGACUAUUUUGUAAAUAAUGGCAAUGCUUGAUUUAAGCUUAGACAUAUGUGCUAAUUUUGUUUACGCUCUAAGUUAAAACAGAUUUCUCAGUCAGAAAGGCAAACUUCAGCAACGAAUUGGUUAAGAUGUUCCUAUACCAAAGAAAAAGCCCCUAAAGUUCUGCAUUCAUCAUAAAUACAUUCCCAUGGGAAAACUCAAUCGUUUGUGACAGCCAGGACCUCCAACUGCCGUCUGCAGGAUUCGUGCGAGGUCAAGGCCUGAACCACAUCAGCAUUCAAUUAGGGCAAGGUGUCAACAACAAACUUAUUUCUCCGAAUUCUCCUGAAACCGGGGCAUGGGCCUCAAUAAUUCAUGCCGACAUAUGGAUGUUCGAGGCGAGUGGCACAGAUAAGUCGUGCACGGAUGAGUGCCUCCUUCCCCGGAGAAUCCAAAUCGCGUGCUACACUAAAAUUGCACGAACACAAAACGGAUACGAACAGGACGAAGGGGACACAAUUUAAACACAUUGUAAUGGCUCCUGCUAAUGGGACUGAAUGGCUCAAAAGUUUGGCAAAAUCAAUUUCAUUCUAAAUGCUGCACGAUUUUUUGUUGAAUGAGAACUUUUUUUUUAUGUCUAAGAUAUAAGUUCAUAUUGUUUAAAAACGGGUUUCCAACGCAAAAACUUUUUCCCUACUCAUAAGUAAGCUAAGUUAAGUUUAUAAAGAAAUUUAUAUUCAAGUUAUGAACUGCACUGAAAUCGCCUACAUGUAAAUAAUAAUCACCAAAUAUUGUAACCAAAUUUUUACACGUCCCGCAAAAGCAGGGAGAUGCGCAGGAAUGUGGAGGAAACUAUGACAAAUGGUAUUACGAAAUUUAUACACUUUAUACAAUUGAAUAUGGAAUAUGGAUAACGAUAAGCCGCAAAGCAAUUAGUUAGGUACUUACAAAAUCUUACAAAAAAUAAAAUGAAAAUGGAAUCUUGACGAGCUCUCAAGAAAAAUCAACUUAAACCUUUUCAAGAAUAUCUCAAAAUGUUUCAAUGAAUAUUAAAGAUACAAAAAUACGUCUAAAACUAUUCUCUUAUUCAAGUAAACUACAACUACAAAGUUUAAACCUGACAUGACUUAUAGCAAGGAACUUCAAUCAUUUUUUAACAAAAUACAAAAUACCUUUCAAUAAAUUGAUAAAAUUUUCUUAACAAUUUUCAAAAUAAUA